GAAACAGAGAAGGCGAGUCAAUAAUGAAUGUUGAGCUUCAACCGGGACGGAAGCCGAAUCGAGAACAACAACAUCAAAGCGUCACAGUUGGUAAAGAUGUUUCAAGGACAACAUACAUAAAUAUUCCCAUCAUGCCUCGAGCAACGAACCACUCUACUCCUACGGCACAAAGGUUUCGACUCUAUCUUCAUCUAUCUUCAACCAAUAGGCAUAGAUUGGCAUUGCUGACAUUACAACCCUUGACCGCCUUCACCAUGGUGGAGCAGUUGGGUGCUGUUGAACGCCCAAAGCCGCUUGCUUCCCUCCUCGCACCGAGCGGCGAAGAAGAAAAUAUCGCCUUGUUUCCUGCCGCCCACAUGUCGACAAAAGCCGCUCCACAAUUCUCCCCCCACCGACGUCGUUCUCCACCACUUUAUCACUGCGCGUUUCCUCGAACACUAAGCAACCCUUCCAUCAUAUAAUACGCGCCUCUUCCCCCUCCCUCGUUCUCCCGCAUCCCCUUUGGUUUCGCCUUGUGCAUUCAUUUUGAUCCCCGUAGAUGAGUUACUAUGGUCAACAGCAGCCUCCUCCCCAAGCUUACCCCCCACCACCCAGUGCUUACCCUCCCCCGGGGCAGACUUAUCCCAUGCCACCUCAGGUCGGCGAUCCGGUGAAGGAUGGAGCUGUCGCUGCGCAACCAGUCUCGGCAGAGACGCAGAGCCGAGGAGAUGGCUUCUGGAGAGGAUGCUGCGCUGCGCUAUGUUGCUGCUGCCUUCUUGACAUGUGCUUCUGAGACCAGUGGAAAGGCAGCUGACCUCUCAAUGCAUACAUCCCUUGAGCAGUUUUAAGUUCUUGUUUAGCUUAUCUAUGUAAAUGUUGGACUUCAUUGGGAUGUAGGAAAUCCUUGAUGUGAUCUCUACUGUUCUACGGUGACAUGUACUGCUCAAGCUAUUUGCUUGUUUUACUAGAUGGGUAUGCUUCAGAUUGCUAUAGAAGGUGGCUCAUUGCAACUACAUGAGGCGGAUUACUUCGA